AUGUACAGGGUGCAGAGGCAAGUUGAAUUGCGCCCUCAGCACAUACAUCUGCCGUUAACGGCGACGCCUCUACUGAGCUCCUGCCCAACAAGACUGUUGCCGCUGGCCCACUCUCUCUGGGACACCAUGUCCUCUAAUUUCUCCCCGACCCCCGCCGAACUCACCCUCGUCUCCCAGAUCUUUACCCAGGCUGACCCCCAGAAGCUCGGCGUUCUCACUGGUGACGUUGCGGUGAGGGUCCUCACUGGCGCAAAGCUUCCUCCAGUUACACUGGGCGAAAUAUGGAAUAUUUCAGACGAGGAAAAUAAGGGCUGGCUUCCUAAGAGAGGCGUUGCCAUUGCAGUACGCUUAAUUGGUUGGGCCCAGAAGGGAGAGAAGAUUACCCAGGCUUUGGUCAAUAAGCCUGGUCCUUUGGCAGUCAUCGAAGGAAUAAACACGGUCGCGCAGCAGAAUACCGGCAUCUCAUUGCCUAAAUCCCCCCCUCCAGCUGCCUUCCCUCCAUUGACUGCUCAGGACAAGGCCAAGUUUCAAAAUAUGUUUCUGAAAGCUGGCCCCACAAAUGGGCUGCUGGGCGGUGAGAAGGCUCGUGACAUAUUCGUUAAAUCUAAACUCUCUAACGAGCAACUCAUGAAAAUCUGGAAUUUAGCCGAUACCCAGGAUCGAGGUGCCCUCGACUCGGCAGACUUUGCAAUGGGGAUGUAUUUGAUACAAGGCAUCAUGACGGGCAAGAUCACAUUCAUCCCAACUACUUUGCCGCCAGGGUUAUAUCAGCAAGCUGGAGGGUUGACAAAUGCCGGUUCAGUGCGUUCUCAUAUGACAGGAAACAGUGGUUCUUUCAGCCCUGUAGGGAGCAGCUUCCCCUCUCAACACACUGGACAAACCCCAAUGUUGCAACCUGAUCACACGGGACUGUCUGGUCCAUUCAGAGCUCCGACACUUCCAGCGCGCCCCAAUGCUCUUGUCAAGAGUAAUGGACACAGGGAAGAGUGGGAUGUGACGCCGACAGAGAAGGCGUCAUCGGACCGCUAUUUCGACAGCCUGGAUACGCACAAGCGAGGUUUCAUCGAAGGCGAAGUGGCGGUCCCUUUCAUGCUCAAGUCGCAACUACCUGGGGAAGUCCUUGCACAAAUUUGGGACCUCGCAGACAUCAAUAAUGACGGCCGUCUGACUAGGGAUGGCUUUGCGAUAGCCAUGCACCUUAUCCAGAAAAAGUUGGCUGGUCAAGACAUCCCACAGACCCUUCCACUUUCGUUGAUGCCUCCUACUUCCCGCCCUUCUGCCCUUGGACCCUCGCCCUUCUCUCCGUUGCAUACGCAGACCCAGCAACAUCCGGAGCCCGUAGACCUCUUUUCAUUUGAUGAUACUCCACCUCCGUCUGCUGUUCCGUCACGACCCUCGGAAACCGUAGUUAUACCGCAGACAACAGGAAGUACCUCGAACGCGUUGCCGCAACCGCGAGCGAUCGAAAAUGAUCCAUUUUCCGGCCCUACUUUUCAAAUAUCACUGCAUCGUGAUUUCCUCAGCGACGAUGACGGCCAUGAUACUGUCUCUCCGCCUCUACAUGAUCACUCCGCUGAAAUAGGGAAUGUAAAAAAUCAAUUGCACUCUACGGAGCGGUCUGUCUCAACAGCCAAAACAGAGCGCUCAGCUCUGGAGUCGACAUUAGCUAGCCAAGCUUCUCAACUCUCCACCCUUCAAACUCAGCUCUCGUCAGCGAAGGCCGCAUAUGAAACAGAGGUCUCUCUACUCGCAACGCUGAAAGAGAGGCAUUCGACCCAGACCACGGAGAUCCAGAAGACAAGAGAAGAACUCAUCCGGGCGGAAAGUGACCUCAGUGCUAUACGUGUUGAAAAGGCAGAGAUUGAAGGUACUUUCUUGCGCGACAAAGAAGAGGCACGCGAUCUUCACCGGCGGAUGAUUGAGGCUGGGCAGCAAGCAGAGGCCAUUCGUGCCGAUGUCGAAAAACUCAAGAAAGAAGCUAAGCAACAAAAAGGACUACUGGCUAUCGCACGCAAGCAGCUAAGCACUAAAGAGAAUGAAAGAACGAAGGCAGAGAAGGAACACGAAGAAGCUACGGCCGAAGUCAAAUCUCUCACGGAAGAGACAAAAGCUGUUGAAGCAGAGAUUGCGAAUUUGGCGUCGUCUCCGGCACCAACUGAUGCAACCAUCUUGUCGACUUCAGAUUCCCUCACUUUCGCUGCCGCUCAACCACUUCCAACAACACCAGAUCCAUCUGGACCCAUCAGGAGCAAUAGUAACAAUCCUUUUGAACGUUUGGUGAUGGCUUCUGGGCCUCAGAACGUACGCUCACCUUCUCCAUUCUUUGCCCAGACCAACGAAUUCUCCUCGCCGCCGGCUUCUAUCAAUGGGACGGUCUCUCCUCCUUCCAAGGCCGAGGAAGAUUGGUUCGAAGCGCCGAAAGAAGUGGUCGCUACCGCUACCUCCACGACUUCCGACCAACACGAUGCAGGAGCAUCCUCUGGUGCUCCGGAGAGCGUUUUGUCCCCAAUGACUGAUCAUUUUGUGACCCCUCCUACCAGCGCGAGGAACCAGUCCAGUCCAGUUUUGUCUCCUGAUGUUGCCACCAAAUUCCCCUCAUUGGAUGAUAUCCCGCCUCCUGCGAUUCCUUCUGUUGACAAGGUGCCUCCUGGGACGCACGCGGAAACGGAUCUGAGCAGUCAGCUGAAGGAAAUUGAUAUUGAAGAGUCUGAUUCGGAUUCCGACGACGACGUGGUCCUGGCAAAACUUGCUCCAGCCACUGUCGUUCAAGAUGCACCCGCUGUUAGCAAUGGAGUCUCUGUGCCAUCGGAUCAGAAAGAUCCGACACAACCGAAAGAGCCUGCGGUCUCAUUUGACGACAUAUUUGGUUCUCAUGAACCAGAGGCCCAGGUUGCAAACGGUAAAUCCAUGGCUUCGGAGUUUGCUACGAAGGGGUCCGAACCUUUCGAAGCAACUGCGACUUUCAAAGUGGCAGAUGAACCGACACCUGUUGCUGGAGUAGACGAAUUCGACGCAGCUUUGGGUAAAUUGCCUUCUUCUGCGGUAGCGACUAACACCAGUUUCACCUUCGACGCCGCCUUUGACGACAACUUUGAUUUUACCACUGCCAAGGCUGCUGACUUCCCUCCAGCACCAGUCAAAGAAGUCGUUCUUCAGAAAAAAGACAACUCCAAUUUCGAUGAUGUUUUUGGAAUUAGUCCCCCAGCUGCGUCUGGCCCAUCUGUAGAACAGGUUUCAAAUAAUCAGGCCGCUGCACCCACCGUCCCGAAAUUUGAAACCUCGUUCGAGGAAGCCUUCGCGGGCUUUGACUCUGUUACGGAGCCUAAGCUAGAGGUUAAACCUACCUUCCAAGCCCCGGUUCCAACUUCUUCCACAAAGUCGACUGAUCAGUCUAUACCAGGUUCAUUUCCUUCAUCCCCAGUUGCAUCACCACGAGCUGUUGCAUCUCCAUCUCGGGUUACUGAUGUGCGCGCGUCCUCUCCUUCACCCAGAGAAAGAACCCCGCCUCCUCGUGUUGCAUCUCCAAAGCCCCGCGUCUCGUCUUCGUCUUCGAAGGAAGCCCAUGAGAAACCAAAGGAUCCUCCCCCUCGUCAUUCUAAACUCAGUAUCCGUCUUCCGUUCGGGAAGAAAAAGAAACACCAAGAACCGCUUCCAGCACAGCCUUCACAGCAUUUAACUCCCCCUGUGGAGGAAUCCCGACGUCUCGGUACUCCUCAUGAUGAUGACGUUGAGGCCGUUAAACAGCUCACCGCUAUGGGCUUCAGUCGCAGUCAAGCUGUCGAUGCUCUCGAGAAGUAUGGGUACGAUGUGCCAAGAGCGCUCAAUAGUUUGCUUGGGGCGCAAUGA